AAUAGAGCGGAUCAGACGAGCAACAAGAACGAUUGCGAUUGCGAUUUGGAUUGCGAAUGCGACGCCAAUAGUCGCCGACGAUUUGUUGCUGGCAAUAAUGUUGUGAGACGCGUGCAUACUAAUGUGCGUGAGUGCGGAUAUGUGCGUGUGCGUGUGUGUGCGUGUGUAACUCAGUACCAAAGUUGAAGUGUGGCAGGAAGGCAAAAGGAAAGCAAAUUUGCGGCAGUGUUAAACGAGCGAGCAGCCAAUGAAUGAACUUCACAGGCAACACUAACAAAGUGCAAAUCAAUACCAAAACAAACGCGAAAGAAAACAAAACACGAACAAACAUAAUAAAAAGUAAAAGCAAAUGUGCGGAAGCGCAAUUGAUGAACAAAAAGUGAAAGCGAAAACACAUUGAAAACAAACAAACAAACAAACGAAAAGGACAAAGCAAAGAACACUUAACGGUCAAUUGGUGCGUGCCACAAAGGACGCUGGCAAGGAGCAGCACUAAGUCGGCACAAACGUCAAAAUGUUGACCCUUUUGACGCUUCUGUGCUGCCUGACAAGCCUCACAAUGUGUUACCAGCGGCAAUCUGUAAAUAACAACAAUCAUAAUAAUGUAGAUCCAAAGCCCACACAUCUGCCACCAUUACAUUAUCCACAUGGCCACAAAUGGAAUGAGCCGUAUUUUGAUCUGACAAUGCCAAGGAAUAUUACAUCCCUGGUGGGCAAAUCCGCAUAUUUAGGCUGUCGUGUCAAGCAUUUGGGCAACAAGACGGUUGCUUGGAUCCGGCAUCGCGACCUCCACAUACUGACUGUGGGCACGUACACAUAUACCACAGAUCAGCGGUUCCAGACCUCGUAUCAUCGCGACAUCGACGAGUGGACCUUGCAAAUCAAAUGGGCCCAACAGCGUGAUGCUGGCGUUUAUGAGUGCCAAAUAUCGACGCAGCCUGUGCGCAGUUUUUCGGUCAAUCUGAACAUUGUGGUGCCGACAGCCACAAUUUUGGGCGGUCCGGAUCUAUAUGUGGACAAAGGCAGCACCAUCAAUCUAACUUGCAUUAUCAAGUUCAGCCCCGAGCCACCCACCCACAUAUUUUGGUAUCAUCAGGAUAAGGUACUCAGCGAGGAGACGGCAGGCGGUCGCUUAAAAUUUAAAACGAUUAAAUCGGAAGAAACAAAAUCCAUUUUACUUAUCUACGAUGCGGAUCUAUUGCAUUCGGGCAAAUAUUCGUGCUAUCCAUCGAAUACGGAAAUAGCCAGCAUACGUGUCCACGUGCUGCAGGGCGAGCGACCCGAGGCGAUGCAAACGAAUGCGGCACCGGCAGCCGUAGCCGUCGCCUGUCACACGGAGCAUGCAACGCCGGCAGUCAAAGUAAUUAGCACAAUGGUUGCAGCAUUUGUAUUGUUGGAGGCCUGCUGCACGCUGCUGCGUCCGCAAUGGAGGUCGUGGGGGCACGGCAGUGGCAGUGGCUGUGGCAGUGGCAGUGUCAGCAAACAGAGCAAGAGCAAAGCUGGAAAACAUGAGCGGACGCAUUCAGUGACGCAGAAGCGGCCAAGCCAAAGGCAAAUGCAAAGGCAAAUAACAGAGCAGGAUAAGUCCAAUGACCAGCCAAGGGAGCACCACCAGCAGCAGCAGAAGAAGCAGGGAGCGAGUCAGACGUUGAGCACUCAAAUGGCGACCACAUUGCUGCGGCACUUGCAUGUCAAUACGACUGUACGGUGAUAAAUUAGCCCCGGAUCCUGUGGAGUUCCACAUAAAUGCCACCGCCAACUGCAGUCGAAUGCAGACAGGAGCGCCGCUUGGGUAUGGAUGCGAUGUGAGUAGGGAGGAGUGGGGGAGAACAGCAUCACGAAUAUUGAGAGAUGAGAGGCAAGAGGAACAGCAAGAAACUCUAGUUCAUUGCUGGGUAUUUAAUACCUUUAAAAACUAGCUAAUUAUGCUAACGAUAAUGGAGAUGGAGAUGAGAAACCUGAUGCUAUUGAGCAUACUGUUGUGCUAAACACUCAGCUCCCCCUCUCCUCUCUCACCCUCCCUUCCUCUGUCUCACAUUAUCUGCCUCCAUCUAUCUCACUAACUAAGUUGUAAGUAAAUGCGUGUGUAAUUAAGCGGGUGGGGUGCGGAACUAGCAAUUUGUAGAGAUAUCCAGUGAAAUGUAUAUACGAGCACUAGACAUGUUAGCUAAAUGGCCACGAGUUGCCGUUGCUAUUGCCAUUAAAUGAAAACAAAAACACAGAACUAAAAGAAACGUAAAACAGACAAAAAAUAAUAUAUAACAUAAUAAAUAUAUAUAUACAAGUAUGUAUCCACAUAGAGUAUACAGAAAUGGUAGUUUGUGUAGCAUAGCGUUUUUGUUUCCUAGUUAAUUUCAAAAGAAACUCAACAGCAUAAUGCCAAUAAGGAUAUAAAUGAAGAUGAAGUUGAAUGGAGCCCGAUAAACUGUUUAAGGACGCAUAGCCAAUGCUCUAAUAAGUUACAGUAUAUUGUACAUAUAUGCAUUUUUUCAUUAAAAACAAAUUAUCGCAUAGCUCCUUAAGUUGAAAAAUGCUAAGCUCUAAGCCAGGCGCUGUAAGCCAUACAAACUAAAAAGAAAAAACUAAUAAUAUUUGUAAAGCAUUAGCCUCGUAAGUCUUGUAAAUAGUUAGCCAUUACAUUAAAUAUUUAUUUUCAGGACUAGA